AUGGAACCCCAGGAGAGAGCCGUCCAAUACAGCCGAUGGAACAACAGUCAGGAUCAGGUCAGCAUGAAUGUGUCGACCACAGAGAGCUCGGACUGUGAGCGGGUCUACAAUAAACUAUGCACCGGGAAGCUGGGCAUCGCUAUGAAGGUGAUAGAAGGAAUCUUUCUGUUCUGGGUCAUCUUCAUCACUGGCUAUGUCACUGGGUACUACAUCCACAAGUGCAAGUAG